CGGAACUAACAAAAGACAAGAAACAAACAAUCCCUAUCACUGAGAUUUUCAGUUGCUGACGUGGCAUGAUCAACCCGGGGCUCCAAAACCGAAGCUUUCAUCGACAAACAGACAGUUAAAAAAGCUUCCCCCUCGUCGGACGCAGAGAGAGAGAGACAAAAAGGAGAAAAGGAAAAUCGAAACUUUUCCUUUUUUGGUAUUUUUUGAUUCAAAUGAUAAAUUCCUAAAUAAAAAGAAAAGCUUCAGAAUCUCAGAAUUUUAUUCGGUUCCUCACCUUCAGAAGAUCUGCGAUAUAUAUCUGUCCUUUCUACAGUGGUCGGAAGCUCAACGGCCUCGGAAUUCGUCCAAGAAAAAAGGGGAAAUUUUGGCGCUGUUUCUGGCAUUUUAGGUGGAAAUUACAUCGGCAUCGUCGAAAAAGAUCGAAGCUUAUCUUCGAAAUGUGGAAGAAAUGAGGAGUUUGUUGCUUUAUUUUGAGCAUAAAUGCAUGAAAUUCUAGGGUUCGGAGUGAAAUUUGAGCUGUUUUUGAGAGCUGGAAUUAUCGAAUUAUGGGUUAGAUGAAAAAAGAAAAGGAAGAAAGAAAGGGGGGAAUUCGAAAUCUUUUUUGUUUGUAAAAAUUACAGAAAUGGUAGCUCUGUGAAGUGUAAGGUGUUUCAUGGAGCAAAGUUGGAAAGCAAUAAGGGUGGAUUGGUGGUCAAAUGGCUGCACCUUGAAUGGCUGAUCCCCAGAGAAGUGGUCUCGCCGAGAGGGAUAUCGACCAGGCCAUUACAGCGCUUAAGAAAGGGGCGUACUUGCUCAAGUAUGGUCGUAGAGGGAAGCCCAAGUUCUGUCCUUUCCAUCUCUCUAAUGAUGAAUCUAAAUUGAUAUGGUACUCUGGAAAAGAAGAGAAGCAUCUUAAGCUUAGUCAAGUUUCCAGGAUCAUUCCUGGACAGCGCACUGCGAUUUUUCAACGAUAUCCUCGGCCUGAAAAGGAGUAUCAAUCAUUUUCACUGAUAUACAGUGACAGGUCCUUGGAUUUGAUAUGUAAAGAUAAGGAUGAAGCUGAAGUUUGGUUCAUUGGUCUUAAGGGAUUGAUUUCUCGUGGUACCACUAGGAAGUGGAGAAUCGAAGUAAAAAGUGACAGUGCAUCAUUGGAUAGUCCUCAAUUACGCAACCGAAAGACUUCUCCAAUUUCACCAUUUGAUCCAGGAGAUGCUCAAGGAAUUCAAGCAUCUUAUGAGGCACAAAAUAGAUUGGGAAAGGCAUUUGCUGACAUAAUAACACAUACUGCCAUAACCAAGACUGCCAGUAAGCCAGAUUUAGUUGAUUUUGGCUUAUCAUCAUCUGGGUCUGUAGAGAACUUAAAUAGUCGAAGUUCUGGGGCUGAUGCAAUUAGAGUCAGUUUAUCAAGUGCUGUAAGUUCAUCAAGCCAUGGUUCUUGUCAUGAAGACUUUGAUGCCUUGGGUGAUGUUUUCAUAUGGGGACAAGGUAUUGGUGAUGGAGUAUUGGGUGGUGGUGUGCACAAAGUUGGCAAUUCAUUUAAUUCAAAGAUGGACGCACUUCUGCCAAAGGAAUUGGAAUCAACAGUGGUUCUGGAUGUGCAUAAUAUUGCUUGUGGAGGCAGGCAUGCAAUUUUAGUCACAAAGCAAGGAGAGAUUUUUAGUUGGGGGGAGGAAUCGGGGGGCAGGCUUGGGCAUGGCGUGGAAGCAGAUGUUCCCCACCCUAAGCUCAUAGAUACUCUCAGUGGCAUGAAUUUUGAAUCGGUAGCAUGUGGGGAGUAUCACUCUUGUGCUGUUACAGUCUCCGGUGAUCUUUUUACAUGGGGUGAUGGAACACACAACUCUGGUCUGCUUGGGCAUGGAAGUGAAGUCAGUCACUGGAUCCCCAAAAAGGUAAGCAAUAUGGAGGGUAUUAAUGUCACAUACGUAUCCUGUGGACCUUGGCAUACAGCUCUUGUGACAUCUGGUGGCCAGUUGUUCACAUUUGGAGAUGGAUCUUUUGGUGCCCUAGGCCAUGGAGAUCAUACUAGCACAACUAUUCCGCGGGAAGUGGAGACUUUGAGUGGACUACGGACAACAAGGGUUGCCUGUGGUGUUUGGCACACUGCCGCAGUUGUUGAGGUUGUGACUGAAUCAUCUGAUUCUGGAUUUCCAGAUAGCUCUACUUCUGCAAAACUGUUUACUUGGGGGGAUGGAGAUAAAGGCCAACUUGGACAUGGUGAUAAAGAACCUAGACUUUUUCCCGAAUGUGUAGCUGCUCUGGUUGAUGACAAUAUCUGUCAGGUUGCCUGUGGACAUAAUCUCACAGUUGCUCUUACAACCUCGGGACGAGUCUAUACAAUGGGGAGUUCGGCAUAUGGUCAGUUGGGGAGUCCUACAGCUCACGGCAAGGUUCCAGCUCGGGUUGAAGGUAAAAUAGCAGACAGCUUUGUGGAAGAGAUUGCCUGUGGAUCGUAUCAUGUUGCUAUUUUGACUUCCCAAACAGAGGUUUAUACUUGGGGAAAGGGCGCAAAUGGGCAAUUAGGUCAUGGAGAUACUGACGACAGAAAUACACCAACUCUUGUUGAUUUUCUGAAAGACAAGCAAGUGAAGAGUGUAGUUUGUGGUUCAAACUUUACUGCUAUUAUAUGUCUUCAUAAAUGGGUAUCCAGUGCUGAUCAUUCUAUGUGCUCUGGUUGUCGAAAUCCAUUUGGAUUCAGAAGAAAACGUCACAACUGUUACAAUUGUGGAUUAGUCUUCUGCAAAGCAUGCACUAGUAAAAAGUCUCUGAAGGCUUCUUUGGCUCCUACUAUGAACAAACCUUAUAGAGUGUGUGAUGAUUGUUUCACUAAAUUGAGAAAAGGUGCAGAAUCUUGUUCUGCUGUCUGGACUCCUAAAGCCAGAAAUGGAAUUUUGCCUCGUAAAUCCAAUGAUAUGGUAGAUAGAGAGGCUUUUGCUCCCAGGUUACAUACACAACUCUCCAGACUUUCUUCUGCUGACUCAAGUAAUCAGGCUGAAAGCCGGAUUUUCAAGCGUGAGCUAAAGCUAGAAUUACAAAAUCGUUCCCUCUUCCCAUCUCAGAAUGGAAAUUUUCAUCUUGGAGGAUUUUAUUCACCAAAGGUAUCAAUUUCUCCAGUCGGAGAAUCUAAGAAAAUUUUACCAGCUUCCAUACCUAGUUCCAGAAAGUCUUCUCGGGCAACAUCUCCUGGCUCAGAAAAGUCAAGCCCACAACGAUCUUCUGAAGUAACUGUUGAUGAUUCAAGGCAAAUGAAUGACAGUAUCAACCAAGAGAUCAUAAAUUUAAGGGCACAGGUAGAAGAUCUUACUUUCAAAUCCCAACGUCUUGAAGCUGAACUUGGAAAAGCAUCAAAGCAAUUAAAGGAGGUCACUGCAAUAGCAGAAAAUGAAGCGGAAAAAUGCAAAUCAGCAAAGGAAGUUAUUAGGUCUCUAACUGCUCAGUUGAAGGAGGUGGUUGAUCUACUUCCUGCAGGGCAGAAUGCCCACAUCAAUUCCAGUUUCACCUCAAACAUUGAGCACUUGUUCUCCAAUGAAAGCCAUGCAACCAGCAUGAUAUCUACCGGAAGCGAAGUGAAUGGCAAUUCAGAAACCAUUUCUCAUGGAACUAAAGGAAAAACUGAAAAGUCAGAAUCGGUGGUACAAGAUGAACCAGGAGUGUACAUAACCUUGUCACCCUUGCCCAAUGGCAGCAAUGAACUCAAGCGUGUUCGCUUUAGUCGAAAACAUUUCACGGAAGACCAAGCAGAAAAGUGGUGGGCUGAAAAUGGGCCUAAAGUAUGUGAACGGCAUAACAUCCUUAAUGCGUAACAGUAUGAAGCUUGAACACCACUGUUUUCUCCUGAACAUUGGGUUGGGUACCGGCAUUGCCAUUUUUACAUGGCCCUCUUCCUUUCCACAGGUAACUGUAGAGUUCUUGUCCAAUUUACACAAAAGGAGCUUUGAUCAAGGAUACUGGGUCAGAAAUCGGCAGGUAGAGUGAGAAAGAGACUAAGAAUGUAGGAAAGAAAGUGAAAGGAUUCAAGAAAUUACAUUUUGAGGAAUCACUAUUAACUUUUAUUCUUUUUCUUUUUCUUGGAUCCUGAGAUUAGUUAACACAUCAUUUUCUUCUUUGGAGCAUUCUGUUGCCUUUUCUUGUACACUUCUUGAAAGAAAAUCAGGUAUGCUCUUCAUUUUUUCA